GUCUGGUUUGGACGAGGACGUGGUUGUAACCUUGACCUCGUCGUUUAUUACGUUACAAGGACCGCGGUGGGAACACGUCGACGCGAGACAAGUCCAGAGAUGGCUUCCCAAAUCCGGCAAAACUUUCACCAGGACUGCGAGGCUGCCAUUAACAGGCAGAUAAAUCUUGAGCUGUAUGCGUCUUAUGUUUAUCUCUCAAUGGCAUAUUAUUUUGAGAGAGAUGAUAAAGCCCUGCCACAUUUUGCCAAGUUUUUUAGCGCCCAGUCCAAAGAGGAGCGCGAGCAUGCCGAGAAGCUACUGAAUUUCCAGAACAAGAGGGGGGGAAAGAUUUUCCUGCAGGAUAUCAAGAAACCUGACCGAGAUGAAUGGGGGAGCGGCCUCGAGGCUUUGGAGUGUGCCCUGCAGCUGGAGAAAAGCGUAAAUCAGUCCCUGCUGGAACUACAGGAAAUGGCAGCGCAGCACAGCGAUCCGCACCUAUGUGACUUCAUUGAGACACACUAUCUGGACGAGCAGGUCAAGUCUAUCAAGCAACUCGCAGACUGGGUGUCGAACCUGCAGCGGAUGGGAGCGCCACAGAACGGCAUGGCCGAGUACCUCUUUGACAAACACACCAUGGCCGAGGAGGGCACAUAAGCCACUCACAACUGCGCGUCCACGUCCUCUCCCUCACCUCACUCAUGAUAUUCGGAGAGCACAAUUGAACGUGUGUUAUGAGCUCAUCGGCGCUGUAAUGGUUUCUUAUUCAUGCUGCUUUUUCAAAUGAUUUGGGCAUGUUUCUCAAAAGUGUGUUUACAAACCGAAAACGGAACGAACAUUCGCGGCCAUCCCAGGACAUCUGCCCUCUACGUUUGUCUGGUCAAUGACGCUUGAGAUGAGAAAUCAAAUCAUCCUGACUUUGAGAGUGGGAAGAAGGGAGCGGGGUGGGAGAGCGCGAACCAUGCUACGUAUCUUGUUACACUUGAUUGUGCAUCCUAAAAAGGUGAAGAGAAUCAUGACAGUUUGUUUCCCAGGAAAAGUCAUUAUGAACAUGUCAGUUAUACACAUGUAACACAUACAGGCGUUAUAAAACAUACAAAAAUAUAAGAUUAUCGGAAUAUUUUUCUGUUUCACAAAAAACAAAUCAACGGAUUUAACUGCUUAAAGAAAAUAUGAAUAUAAAAAAUGCUCAAUUUUCUGGUUGUUUGCUGGCUGGAAUAUUUUUGGCUGUUAUAAUAAACUGGGUUAAUAUUUAUUGUAAACCUCUACGAACAGAAUACAUGUACAUAUUGUUUCCCUGUAUGAAGUAAAUAAAGCAACAAAAAACGA